GCGAGAGGGAGGGAAAGAAGUUAAGAGAAAGUAAAAAAGUUCUCUAGCAGACUACUCUCCAAUCAGCGCAGGCAAACAAACUUGCUGACGUCUUCCCCUUGGCUUUGAACAGCGGUGGGAAAGGCCCAGGGUGCCUACCUGGAGCCUGAGGGACGCGGAGCGCGGUGGGGCCACCACGUGUCUCCCUCUGCAGAGCUCCCGGCGCAGCGCGGCGGGCAGGGCGAGCGGCCGGCGGAGGAGGGGUGGCCGGCUGGCCGCGCUUUUCCCGGCGCGGAGGCAGCGGUGUGGGUGGGGCGGCGAGCAUGGCGGAGGCGCAGGGGCCGGCGGGGGCGCAGCUCAGCCUGCUGCCCGACCACUCGCCGCUGCUGCAGCCCAGCCUGGCCGAACUGCGGCGCCGGACCCGGGCGCCGGGCUCUCCGCUGCUCCCAGGGCCCCUCAGCGACGCCUUCCUGCUGCGGUUCCUGCGCGCCCGGGACUUCGACCUGGACCUGGCCUGGCGGUUACUAAGGAACUACUACAAGUGGAGAGCAGAAUGUCCAGAGAUAAGUGCAGACCUCCACCCUCGAAGCAUCCUUGGCCUUCUGAAGGCUGGCUACCUCGGCGUCCUGCGAGCCAGGGACCCCACGGGCAGCAAAGUGCUGAUCUACAGAAUCGCACACUGGGACCCAAACGUUUUCACAGCUUAUGAUGUGUUUCGUGUAAGUCUAAUCACUUCCGAGCUUAUUGUACAGGAGGUAGAAACACAACGGAAUGGAAUCAAGGCCAUCUUUGAUUUGGAAGGCUGGCAUUUUUCUCAUGCUUUUCAGAUUACCCCAUCUGUAGCCAAGAAGAUUGCUGCUGUUCUUACAGAUUCCUUUCCAUUAAAAGUUCGUGGUAUCCAUUUGAUAAAUGAGCCAAUAAUUUUCCAUGCUGUCUUUUCCAUGAUUAAACCAUUUCUGACUGAAAAAAUUAAGGCACGGAUUCAUAUGCAUGGGAACGAUUACAAACAAAGCUUACUUCAGCAUUUCCCAGACAUUCUUCCACUGGAAUAUGGUGGGGAAGAAGUCUCAAUGGAGGACAUUUGUCAGGAGUGGACAAAUUUUAUAAUGAAGUCUGAAAAUUAUCUCAGCAGCAUCUCACAAGACCGUUAAAGGAGAAGUUAUUUAAUGUGAAAGGCUUCCUAAUUAAAAAUACAUGAGUGAGAUCCUGCCUGGUAUCAGAAAGAAAGAACAAGAAUCUUUUAAAUUAAGUAAUACUUUCCUGAUUGAUUUUUUAAAAUGUAAAAAUCUUCUAACUUGAGCAACAUAGGUAUUUGGGAAACUUUACUUCUUAAAUGCCUUUUCUUUACCUUUGAAGUAAUUAAAUGUUAGCAUACCUUAAAAGCA